GGCAAUAGUCAAUGGUCACUGAUACACGAGCUCAACUACACACCCCUUCACUUUUUUGUUUUGACUAAUCCGCUGCCCAUUUAAUUGCAACACGUGGCAGGUGUUGUUGUAUUUUUUUUUUUUAUAAUAUUUUUCUUCUCUCUGCUUUUUUUGUGAAAUUUCAUUUAUUGCUCUUCUCUUUAGCCUUGAAUUCGUUCACCAAUUUCCUGAGAGUGAGAGGAAAGAGGGAUCUUUGGCUUCGGGAGAGGAGGAAAGGGGCAUGAUCUUUUCUGUCCUCUCUUUCUCUCUCUGAUGACCAGACAGACAGACACGCGCAUAAUACACAUAGAUGCAGCAGAGAAACUCUCACUCACUCAUUCUCUCUCCCCCGAAUUAUUACUCCAAUCCCAUUCAGAGUACACAUGGAUCUUCGAUUAUAGAGGUUUUACGAGCUGGAAUCUGCACUCACACCAUGUGUGUUUCUACUGCCACCACUAUUCUCAAUAUUAUAUUUUGAUUUAGACACCCAAUUCAGAAGAAAUCGGAGAAAGUGUCGAAACUUUUCGAGCCUGUCUCGCCCUCCAUCAUUCCAUUCAGUAGUAGGUAUCACAAUUGCAAUGAUUCUCGCGAAGAGUAUUGGAUCCCACCUCAGUCAAAGUUUAAUAAAAAGUGCUAAAAUCCACGAGUAUUAGCAACCCAAGAAAUUUAGGAAUAUAGAAAUCAUAGAGAGACGAAAAGAAUGGUUUUUUGCGGUCUGGGAUGAUUUCACGUGAGAGUUCUGCCAUAGUGUCCGUGAGUGUUGCGAGUGUGGAGGAGUUUCGAGAAACGAAGCCCACCACCAUCAGCAGCAGCAGCACCACCACUUUAACCACAGUAAGUAAGUGUCUCCAAUUUCAUGAGCUCCCAAACAGAGCUCUUCCAUUUCCACACCCAUGGCUACCACUUCACUUUCAAGUUUAGGGUUAGAUGAGUAGUUGAAGACUCCACAAGAAUGUGAUUGUUUUGUCAAUGGUAGAUCUGAAGAUCUUUGUCAACCGUUUUUGAGCUGAUUAAAGUAGGUCAGUUAAGUUAACUGUUAACCUUCAUAUGCAUUGAAGUGUUGUUGUUGUUGUUGUUGUUCCACCCACAUACAUUGGCUGAAACCAAAAACAGUGGCAACAAAGACAUCACUUAACAUGGAGAGAUCCUAUGUCUUUGUUUUUGUCUUUGUCUCCUUGCUGUUCCAAGCCGCAACAUCACAAGACGAUUCACGAGCACUUCUCGCACUCAAAUCCUCCAUAGACGUUCACCACAAGCUUCCAUGGCGACAAGGAAGCGACGUGUGCACGUGGCAAGGUGUCAGAGACUGCUUCAACGGAAGGGUUCGGAAGCUUGUGCUGGAAAACUGCAACCUAACCGGAGCACUGGAUUCGAAGAUCUUGAACCGCUUGGACCAGCUCCGAGUACUGAGUUUCAAAGGAAACUCUCUCUCCGGCGAAAUCCCCAACCUCUCCAAACUAAUCAACCUCAAAUCGAUUUUCCUCAACGGCAACAACUUCUCCGGCGAGUUCCCCGCCUCCGUCGCGCUCCUCCACCGCGUCAAGGUCAUCGUCCUGUCGGAGAAUCACCUCUCCGGCGAAAUCCCGGCGUCUCUGCUGAAUCUCCGGCGACUCUACGUCCUCUACUUGCAAGACAACGCGUUUACGGGAACCAUCCCUGGUUUCAACCAAACCAGCCUCAGGUACUUGAACGUCUCCAACAACCGACUCUCCGGCGAGAUUCCGGUGACCUCCGCAUUGAUCCGGUUCAACGCGUCGUCGUUUUCAGGCAACCUAGGGCUCUGCGGGGAACAGAUCCAAGAAGCAUGCAGAAACGGUAACGUUUCGUUGCCGCCGUCGAUAAGUCCAAGCUAUCCGAUGAUUCCGUUAACGACGAGGAGAACGUCCAAGUCAUCGAAAUCGUGGAAGAUAAUCGGAGGGAGCGUUGGAGGCGUUGUUUUGGUUGCGUUGUGCGUGGUUUUGGCGUGGGCGAUUUGCGCGAAGCGGAGGGGGAGAGUGGGUUCGGGAGCGAGGAGCAAGGGCGGCGGUGAGGCGGCGGAGGGAGAGGUUUACGCGGCGGGGAGUGGCGGCGGUGGUGGCGAAGGAGGAGGAGGAGGAGGUGAAGCGGAGGAUAAACAAGGGGUUUUUGCUUGGGAGGGUGAGGGUCUAGGGAAGUUGGUGUUCUGCGGAGGAGGGGAUCGGGAGAUGAGUUAUAGUUUGGAGGAUUUAUUGAAGGCUUCGGCGGAGACAUUGGGGAGGGGUAUUAUGGGAAGUACGUAUAAGGCAGUUAUGGAGUCAGGGUUCAUAGUUACUGUGAAGCGGUUGAAGGAUGCUAGGUACCCUGGCUUGGAGGAGUUUAGGACUCACAUUCAGGUCCUUGGAAGGCUCACCCACCCUAACUUGGUCCCACUUAGGGCUUAUUUCCAGGCUAAGGAGGAACGUCUUCUUGUCUAUGAUUACUUUCCCAAUGGCAGCCUCUUCUCCCUUAUUCAUGGAUCAAAAACAUCUGGCGGGGGGAAGCCUCUUCACUGGACAUCCUGCCUUAAAAUUGCUGAAGAUCUAGCAACAGGCCUUCUCUAUAUCCACCAGAACCCUGGCUUGACACAUGGAAACCUGAAAUCCUCCAAUGUGUUGCUAGGUUCUGACUUUGAGUCAUGCCUCACUGAUUAUGGUCUCACAGUGUUCCUUAACCCUGACACAAUGGAUGAGCCUAGUGCCACUUCUUUGUUCUAUAGAGCACCAGAAUGCCGCAACUUUCUAAGGUCACAGACUCAACCAGCUGAUGUAUACAGUUUUGGGGUCCUUCUGCUUGAGCUUUUAACAGGGAAAACACCCUUCCAAGAUCUUGUUCAGACAUAUGGCUCUGACAUACCAAGAUGGGUUCGGUCGGUGCGUGAAGAAGAGACUGAGUCAGGGGAUGAUCCUGCCUCAGGCAAUGAAGCAUCAGAAGAGAAGCUUCAGGCUCUUCUGAACAUUGCAAUGGCAUGUGUUUCUCUUGUGCCUGAGAACAGGCCUACAAUGAGAGAUGUUCUAAAGAUGAUAAGAGAUGCAAGAGGGGAGGCUCAUGUCUCAUCUAAUAGUAGUGAUCACUCCCCUGGUAGAUGGUCAGAUACAGUUCAAAGCUUUCCAAGGGAAGAACACCAGAGUAUAUGAUUCAUUGGUGACACGAAACUCGUGCGGUGAAGACCUACAUUUUUAAUCUCUUGCUUUGUGAGUAAAUGCCAUUUAAAGGUAAUUAACGGAUUCAUUUAUAGAGUCGUCAUAGAUUUGGAAUUGGAUGGCAAUCCUUUUAGCUUAUGAUCGGUUCUUGCUUAAAAUUUAGUUUUUUUUAAUGUAAAACACGAUAUUCCAAUAAAAACAUGAGGUUCAGAUUAAUUUAGACCUCUAUCAAAGUUAUAUUCAA